AUGAAUCCCAAAUGUCCAGAUCCUAAUCCUGACCCUUGCCCUCAAGUAUGUCAGCCACCUCCACCAUCUCAACCUGCGUGUCUUGUAAAACCAGUCAUGCGAGGUUUGCAUCGAGCUCAGACUAAACGUGUUCUGACUCAAGCUAUAUUAUUGUCGAUUUUAAGUGGUGCAGCAUAUUACUUAUUUGUGGGUGCACCAAGAAAGCAGAAAUAUAAAGAAUUUUAUGCGAAAGGAGAAUUCGAAGACUGGGCAGAUGAAAUGGCCCGGAAAGGUUUAUUCCAAGCAGUUCCUAGGCCACCGAGAAAUAAUUAA